AAAUACCAUACUGGCCUUGCAAAGCUGCGAGCACCCCAUUCUCUUCCUAUCAGUCGCGCAACACCACCAUGAGCGGCGCAACCGACCCACAAGCCAACGUCAACGGCACCUCACCGCCAGGCAGGGUGGAGUCGAUCACCUUUCCCUCGUCGACGAAGGACAAGCUGGCGGGCACCCUGUACUACCCCACCGACUACUCGCCCUCCUCCCGCCUCCCGGCCAUCGUCCUAGGCCACGGUCUCGGCGCCAUCCAAUCCAUGGGGCUGCAAUGCUACUCGCACAUCUUCGCCGCGCGUGGGUACAUCUGCCUCACCUUCGACUACAGACACUUUGGCCUCUCGGAGGGACAGCCUCGUCAGCUCCUCGAUACGGAGCGUCAGAACGCGGACUGGCAUAGUGCGCUGCGCUACGUGCGCAAGUUGGAUUCAGUGGACGCAGAGAGGGUGGGGAUCUUUGGGAGCAGUUUUGGUGGAGGGCACGUUAUAAGGGUCGCGGCUGAGGACGACAAGGUCGCGGCCACUAUUGCGCAAUGCCCCUUCACCAGCGGGCUACGUUCGGCGCUGCAGCUUUCGUUCAGCUCGCUGCCCGUCACCGUAGCGAGGGGCGUGGCCGACAUGCUCUUCGGGUGGGGCAACAAUACGGUCAUGAUCCCGCUCGCUGCGAAGCCCGGCCACUCCGCGCUCAUGAACAGCCCUGACGCGGAGCCCGAAUACCUCAAGCUCGUACCCCAGAAGGACAUGGAUCGCCUCUUCCACAACCAAGUCGCAGCACGCUUCGCCCUCAAGAUCCUGCUCCAGUACCCUGGCGCCAAAGCCAAGCACGUCAAGAACCCCAUCCUCUUCGCCGUCUGCGGUAAGGACAGCGUUGCCCCCGCAGGACCGACGCUCAAGUACGCCAAGCAGGCAAAGAAGGGGGUGAUCAAGCACUUUGAGGACAUGGGUCAUUUCUCCAUCUACGUGGGCGAAGACUUCAAGAAAGUCACCAAGAUCUACCUCGAUUUCCUCGACGAAGCCCUCCCCGUCAAGGGCGCUGCGGCGCACCUGUAGCUGCGCGAGUGAAGGCACUUGUAUGCGAUACCCCUCAUGCUAUGCGAAUGGAUUGAUUUCUACUCCUACGCUCGAGCCUACGCAUGCGACUGCCUCUCCAGGUCGAGCAGCGAAAAAUCGUGCAGCCCACCCAUCUCCAAAGCCUUGCGGUACGCCGGGCGAGCCUCGAGACGCUUGAGCCAGCGCUCGACUGCAGGCCAUGUGCGAUUGGCUGUGCCCACUUUCUUGACGAUG